AUGGAUCGGGAUAAGAAUGAAACCUCGUCGAACUCGGGCAUUGCCGGGGGGUUUGCUGGAUGCAUCACUCGGUUCAUUUGCCAGCCACUAGAUGUGCUAAAGAUUCGCUUUCAGCUGCAGGUGGAACCGUUGAGCGAGCAGCAUGUGACCUCGAAGUAUCGAACCAUCGUCCAAUCCACCCGGCUAGUUUAUCGCGAGGAAGGCCUGCGAGCGUUCUGGAAGGGCCACAACCCCGCCCAGGUCCUCUCGAUCAUAUACGGCGUGGCACAGUUUUCAUCGUACGAACACUUCAACCAUCUGCUGCGUACGGUCGACACGUUCGAGCGGCACCAAAGUGCUCGAAACUUUGUUUGCGGCGCCCUGAGUGGCACGUUUGCAACUGUGAUAACGCUUCCAUUGGAUGUGGUGCGCACACGACUGAUCUCGCAGGACCCAGGGCGAGGGUACCGCAGCUCUGUGCAGGGCCUAAAGCUCAUAUACACACACGAGGGCGUUCGCGGACUUUACCGUGGGGUCGGUCCGAGUGUGCUCCAGAUAGCACCCCUCACUGGGGGUCAGUUCAUGUUCUACAACAUCUUCGGCAGCAUGUUCCGGCAGUACUUUAACAUCAGCGCCAACGAGUCGUUACCGGCGAUUGAGCUGUUUAUCUGCGGUGGAUUGGCCGGUCUAUGCACGAAACUACUGGUGUACCCGCUCGACCUCGCUAAAAAACGGCUGCAGAUCCAGGGCUUUGCUAAGAGCCGUCAGACGUACGGCCGGCACUUCGUAUGUGAUAACAUGUUCAACUGCCUGUACAACAUAGCCAAGCAAGAGGGCAUGAUCGGAUUGUACAAGGGCCUGUACCCAGCCCUGUUGAAGGCGUGUUUCAUGUCCGCGUUCUACUUCGCGAUCUACGACGAAAUGGUGCUCAUCCUUAACCACUGAUAGUGAGAUACCGGCGGAUUUAGAAGGCUUGUUUGAUGCAAAUUGAGGGGAUUCUUUUACCUCGUCGUUGGUGGGAUAUGAGUGAAAAGCUUAGCUGGCUGUUUUCAUCGUCCCUCUCUGCAACAACCCUCGCAAACACUCGUCUUCCAGCCGGCAGUGCUUGAUGAGUUUUACCCUUUGCGCGACAGCAGAAUGCCAAGUGAUUAGCUAGUGCGUUCAAUUUUCGGCCUAAAGAUUCCACCCUGUAAUGUGAACCGCCUAACAUAGCGAGCCG